AAAUGAUUCGAGUGAAAUGGAAGCAGCAGAAGCAGCAGCACAUCCAUCCACAUGAUCCGACCACUGCCUCCUCCACCACUCACCCCGCCUUGAAAACCCCACCUGCCCUACUUCCGCCUGGAGAGCCUCGGCCCCUCGCCUCGCCUCGCCUCACCUCCACCCAAACCCAAUCCGAAAUCUUUCCCUCCACUCGCCGCCGCCGCCGCCGCCGCUGUUGCCGGUGACCCGCCAGCCAUGUCGUGCUCGCACCUCUCCACCGCCUGGUCCUCCUCCGCCCUGGCCACCCGCCGCCGCUCCGCUCCUAGCUGCGGCAGCAGCGGCCGCCUGCAGGUGGUGCGGUGCUCGCUGCGUGAGCUGCGGAGCCGCAUCGACUCGGUGCGCAACACGCAGAAGAUCACGGAGGCGAUGAAGCUGGUGGCGGCGGCCAAGGUGCGGCGGGCGCAGGAGGCGGUGGUGUCCUCCCGCCCCUUCUCGGAGGCGCUGGUGGAGGUGCUCUACAACAUGAACCAGGAGAUCCAGACGGAGGACAUCGACCUCCCCCUCACCCGCAUCCGCCCCGUCAAGAAGGUCGCCCUCGUCGUCCUCACCGGCGAGCGCGGCCUCUGCGGCAGCUUCAACAACAACGUCCUCAAGAAGGCCGAGACCCGCAUCGAGGAGCUCAAGCAGCUCGGCCUCGAGUACACCGUCGUCAGCGUCGGCAAGAAGGGCAACGCCUACUUCAUCCGCCGCCCCUUCAUCCCCACCGAGCGGACGCUGGAGGUGAACGGCAUCCCCACCGUGAAGGACUCCCAGUCCAUCUGCGACCUCGUCUACUCGCUGUUCGUGUCCGAGGCGGUGGACAAGGUGGAGCUCCUCUACUCCAAGUUCGUCUCCCUCGUCCGCUCCGACCCCAUCAUCCAGACGCUGCUCCCCAUGUCGCCCAAGGGGGAGAUCUGCGACAUCAACGGCGUGUGCGUGGACGCCACCGAGGACGAGCUGUUCCGGCUCACCACCAAGGAAGGGAAGCUGACCGUGGAGCGGGAGAAGGUGAAGAUCGAGACGCAGCCCUUCUCACCCGUGGUGCAGUUCGAGCAGGACCCCGUCCAGAUCCUCGACGCGCUCCUCCCGCUCUACCUCAACAGCCAGAUCCUCCGCGCGCUCCAGGAGUCGCUCGCCAGCGAGCUCGCCGCCAGGAUGAGCGCCAUGAGCAGCGCCACCGACAACGCCAUCGAGCUCCGGAAGAACCUCUCCAUGGUCUACAACCGCCAGCGCCAGGCCAAGAUCACCGGCGAGAUCCUCGAGAUCGUCGCCGGCGCCGACGCCCUCGCCUAAAUCCAAUCAACUCAUUUCUUCAUCCCAUCCACCUCGCUUGAGCUGCUGAGGUUGCUGCUGUUAUAUAUACUACUCUAUUCUUUUUUACUUCCUUUUUCUCUCUUGCUAUUGUGUCUGUAAUUUCUGUGAUAGCACGAAAAAAAAAAGGAAAAAAGAUCGAUCCGACUCGAUCGAUGUAAUUGUUAAUCGCGCGAGAUACACAAGAUUUCAAUUCAGCGAUGCCAAAUGUACAAGCAGAGUAUUCUACUACUA